GAAAAAGUCGGGGGCUUCCUCGCCGCAUAAAAAAGAAGAUCAUGUGGUCGAACAUGAUGACCCAUUUCUUCUGGACUUUGGAUAUAAUACGAAAAAUAUGAACCCCCAGGACCACGACGAUGAUGAUGUAAUUGACAACUGCGAAGACGUAGACCACGAUGCAGAUGACGCCGCAAAAACCCCUAAGUCUACUCUGACCGACCAGUCAGAGUCACAAGGAUCCAGCACAAUCCCUUUCGACAUUUCGCCCCGGGAGCUGCACCUGGCCGCGGCGCGCGAGUUUGCGGCUUUGCAGCGGAAGAAAAAAUGGUCACUGGAACAACAGC